AUGGCUGAGAUGAUGUUGGUGAUGACAGGCCUCACUCUGUUCACAGAGUCAUCCUCGUGGAACGUAGACACAACACCUCUACAGUUGCAGCAGUUCCACGGAGUGCGACGGUUUGAGCUGGAGCGUUCCUGCUGCUUUAGCGCCCUGCUGUUGGAUGAAGAGAGGGGUCGACUGUUUGUGGGAGCCAAGAACUUCCUGCUGUCUCUGUCGUUGGACAACAUCGCCAAACAAGAACACAAGAUCUAUUGGCCUGCCCCUGUUGACUGGAGGGAGGAGUGUAACUGGGCUGGCAAAGACAUCACUUCUGACUGCGUGAACUACGUGAAGAUUGUACACCACUAUAACCGCACCCACUUAUACGCCUGUGGAACGGGUGCUUUCCACCCCACCUGUGCCUUUGUCGAGGUGGGACACAGGAUGGAGGACCACGUGUUCAGGAUUGACCCCUCUGAAGUGGAGGACGGGAAAGGAAAGAGUCCGUAUGAUCCUCGACACAACGCUGCAUCUGUGCUCGUCGGUGAUGAGCUGUAUGCAGGCGUGGCCACAGAUUUAAUGGGAAGGGACUUCACUAUCUUCAGAAGCCUGGGGAAACGCCCCUCUAUCCGCACUGAACAGCAUGAUUCAAGAUGGCUUAAUGAACCAAAGUUUGUUGGGUCCUUUUGGGUCCCUGAAAGUGAGAACCCAGAUGACGAUAAGGUCUUUUUCUUCUUCCGGGAGACAGCGGUUGAGGCUCAAGGGUUGGGAAAAUCUACCUACUCCAGAAUCGGACAGCUGUGCAGGAAUGAUAUGGGCGGUCAGCGAAGCCUGGUGAACAAGUGGACAACAUUUCUGAAGACCCGUCUGAUCUGCUCGGUACCAGGAGCUGAUGGCAGCGACACGUACUUCGAUGAGCUGCGCGAUGUUUUCCUACUGCAGACGAGAGACAGAAAGAACCCUCUGGUUUACACCGUCUUCUCCACUUCCAGUAGUGUAUUUAAAGGCUCAGCUGUGUGUCUCUACUCCAUGAAUGACAUCCGGAGGGCCUUCCUGGGGCCAUUUGCUCACAAAGAGGGGCCCAACUACCAGUGGGUCCCCUUCCAGGGAAAAGUGCCCUAUCCCCGCCCCGGAAUGUGCCCCAGCAAGACAUUCGGCAGCUUUGAGUCAACAAAGGGUUUCCCAGAUGAUGUGAUUCAGUUCGCGCGUCACCACCCUCUAAUGUACAACCCGGUCUACCCUAUGAGCCGAAGGCCCAUCUUCAUCAGGACCAAUGUGGACUACAGCUUUACACAGAUCGCUGUGGACAGAGUCAAUGCUGCUGAUGGACAGUACGAUGUCAUGUUCAUUGGCACAGAUAAAGGGACAGUACUAAAGGUGAUCAGUGUCCCCAAGGAGAGCUGGAACAACAUGGAGGAACUUUUACUGGAGGAGUUGGAAGUUUUCAAAGACGCCUCAUCUAUCAUCAACAUGCAGAUCUCCUCAAAGCGGCAACAGCUGUAUGUCGGCUCUGACACAGGCCUUGCCCAGAUUCCACUUCACCGCUGCAGUGUAUAUGGGAAGGCCUGCGCUGAGUGUUGCCUGGCCAGAGACCCGUACUGUGCCUGGGAUGGAACUUCCUGUACUCGCUACCUGCCAAACACAAAGAGACGUUUUCGCCGCCAGGAUGUAAGAAAUGGAGACCCUAACACUCUGUGCUCAGGAGAUCAUCAUAAGCAUCGUAUUGCAGAGAAGAAGCUGUAUGGUGUAGAGGGAAGUAGCACUUUCUUAGAGUGCGUCCCCAAAUCCCUUCAGGCCAGAAUCACCUGGACCUUCCAGAAACAUCCACAGAAUCGACGAGAAGAGGUCCGUCUAGACGAUCGCAUACUCCAGACAGACAGAGGUCUUCUGAUUCGCCGUGUCCUGAAAAGAGAUAUUGGUAUCUACCAGUGCCAUGCAAUGGAGCACGGCUUCACCCAAACUUUACUAGGCAUCACCUUAGAACUCGUACCUUCCACACCUUCAUUUGUCUCCAAUCUACCCUCCGAUGCCCCUGUUCGAUUAGACCCCCGCAGCGGAGGCGGACCCCCAAUGACCAAUCAAAAGCUUUGGUACCGGGACUUCAUGCAGCUGGUGGACCAUCCGAACCUAAACACAGUUGACCAGAUUUGUGAGCAGGUUUGGGCACGCAGGAACACCGGUGGUGACCAGGUGGGUAAGGACAUCGCACCUCUGCGUCCUGCUGUCCGCCCACCUAAUAAGAAAUGGAAGCAUCUUCAGGAGAUAAGGAAGGGGAGAAACCGUCGGACCCACGAUGGGAAACCAAACCCGCGUGCGCCACGCAGUGCAGGGGAGUAACGAUGUGGAGAAAGAAAUGGAGGGAGAAAAGAAUGACUGAAACAAGAAGAAAGCAGGAGAACGACAGAGACUGAGAAACCAAGAACUCCUGGAGGUGUUCACGCAUACAGAUACACCCACAUACGCACACACUUACACACACGGACACACACAGCACCUCCUCUAUUGUGUAUAUUUAUCUAUGGAUGCCCCCACUAUAUGGUAGUCCAAUCCCUGAGUCCUCAUCCCACUGGCCAGUCCCUGCAUGUGCUGCUCUAACUGAUUCUGCACGAUCCCUUUAUAGUUCCACUAGAUUAGUGAGUUUACUAGCAGAUACAUGGGAGUAAACACACCUUUAUGUGUGAGCAAUAAACUCACUUACCUGUCAUGGGUUCAUAGCAAAGGAUUUCCACAUCUCAAAAAAUCCAAUUACACAUUGUGUGUAGUUAGUGCGUCACAGUGUGCACACUGUUUUAAAGGACUGAGCCACAGAAACAAAUGUAAGCCCAAAAGUUUUGGAUUAACUCCAAACGGCUUUUCUGCCCUGAAGAUUUCCUGCCAGCGUAGCAAAAGUGUGGACUCUUGUUUUAUGCACAAUGGGACCGAACGGAGCAACUGGAACGUACAAAAAAGUAACUGGAAACACAUUACUAUUUAAGUUCAAUUGCACAGGCAGUUAAAAAAAAAAGUAACAUUUGAAACUUGUUCAUAGAAAUGAACAGCUUCCUGUGGUGUUGUACACAGCAAGUGCAUUCAUAAUAAUGUCACCUUUCCAUGGUUUUGCGCAUAUUACAUAAAGCUGUCACAAAAGAAAGAGCUGGCAUCCUGUGGAGCAGAUCUUCACAGCAAAUAACUGGUUAUGUUAUAUUUUGCUGUUUAAAAAAGUAUCUUUUGCAGUUUCCUCGGGCAAUUUGAGGCAUGUCACAGCAAACUAAAUUAAACAAUGGAAAGCAGGUGGUCAUAGUUAGAGAGCAGGCUUAUUUGGCCUGAUGUGAUUACAUAUAUUGUUUUACAUACUGGCUUGAACCACUGUAGAAAGAGUCGAGGAAAAUCUACUCGGAAUUCCAUGAAAUGACAAAAAGAUGUUUACAGUACAAAGGCACAGAUGGAGCACAAAGAAAUCAGUUUGAAAGCAAAUAAUAACCUAAAUAAGUAUGUCUAAAACUAACCUGGUAUCUGUUAUGUGUAAAAAUACAAGAAAUACAGUAGGAAGAGCUCUGACAUAAUCCAAAACCUCACUCCAAAGAUUAAAAAUUAGCUGAUUUCAACAUUUUGUGCGUAAACAUUAAGACGAAAUGAUGCCGGGUGUUUUUUGGGUGAGGAGCGUUAAUAUGGCAAGCAGGAUGAAGAGGAAAAGGAAAGAUAUUGGUGGACUCCAAGUAUGACAACCUGUGUUUCUGGGCUACGUUGCGGUAUAUAUAUUAGCAUGAUAUUUAUGAGUGAGUCUAUAAUUUUAAUUUUAAUUUUUUUUUUUUUUUUUUGGUAUUCGAAGUGGUACUUCUU